CCGGGGAAGGCCGCCUCCGGAGGAGCCCCCGCAGACGCCAUACUAAAAGUCAAAAUGGCUGCUCCGAGGAAGCCCGCACCGCGUAGCUAGUGAGGGCUGGGGAAGAGGCAUCUUCGGGAAAGGGGGAGGGGGCUCGAGGAAGAGCCGUCGCCGGGACUGUCACUGCCCGAGUCGCACAGUUAUAGCCAUAACUUUUGAACUAUAUUUGGAAAGGCACUGGCCAGGAAAAAAAUGAUAAAAUUUUUCCUUAUGGUGAAUAAACAAGGACAGACCCGACUUUCUAAGUACUAUGAACAUGUGGACAUUAACAGGCGAACACUUCUGGAAACAGAGGUCAUAAAGAGCUGUCUCUCUCGAUCCAGUGAACAAUGUUCUUUCAUUGAAUAUAAGGAUUUUAAGCUGAUAUAUCGGCAGUAUGCAGCUCUCUUCAUUGUGGUUGGAGUUAAUGACACUGAGAAUGAGAUGGCCAUUUAUGAAUUCAUCCACAAUUUUGUGGAAGUUUUAGAUGAGUACUUCAGCCGAGUGAUAAUGUUUAAUUUAGAUAAAGUACACAUCAUUUUGGAUGAGAUGGUAUUAAAUGGCUGCAUUGUGGAAACUAACAGAGCAAGAAUACUUGCCCCUCUACUAAUUCUUGAUAAAAUGUCAGAAAGCUGAAUGGAAAGCUCUACCAGACAAUAUGGAUUUACAGGAAAUAUGAACACCAUGGAAUACCGCUUAACAGGUAUAGCCCAAAAGAACCUGGAAGACCGCACAUUGCAAAAUGGGGUAUCCUUCCAAACAUAAUAAAUGGCUGUUUUUCCCAGUUCCUAAAUGGAAAAUAAAACUGUAUUUUAAAAAUC